UUGACUGUGAGUCUGUGACUGUGCGUGUGAUUUAUAACAGAAGGUACAGAUACAGUCAUAUACUCUAAAGCCACCACUCACUUUUCAGCACAAAGAUCUCUGCUCUCUUUCUCUCUCUCUCUCUCUCUCUCUCUCUCUCUGUGUGCAGCGACAGACUAUGGUCACGCACUGAGACGGUGAAAGAUGGCCAUGAAGCCCAAGAGCCACGCUCACGACGGCAAUGGCUACCCGAGCGACGCCAGCGGAAACAGCAGCUCGCCGAGCCCGCCUCCGUCGCCACGCCGUCACGCGAGCAUCUCCCAGUGCCGGAGGCGAGUGCGGUCUAAGGCGCAGUACGCUCAGUCCCUGAAGGAGAGCUUCGGCGGCGGCAUUCUGUUGCGGCGGAACCUGCGGUACUUGCUUGUGCUGCCGCUGCUCUACGUGUGUGGGCUGCUAAUGUGCGUGGCUGGGCCCUUCUCGGCUCUCGUCGGCGGACCCGCCCCUCCUGGCUCGGUCUACCGUAGCCACGAGAUGUUUCGGAGGCUCUUGCCUGACAUUCAGGCUGAUAAUUCCUCGGCUAUUGAGUUGUCCUCUGUUUGGAAAUACAAAAGGAGGCAAAAAGAGCAGAGACCUUGUCCAAAUUCAACUGCUGGCCGACGUUUUGAGUCCUCUGGCCCCAGUGGUUACUUGAUUGUUGAGGCUAAUGGUGGUCUUAACCAACAACGCUCUGCAAUCUGCAAUGCAGUGGCUGUAGCUGGACUUUUGAAUGCGAUACUAGUUAUCCCUCGAUUUCAUUUCCAUAGCGUCUGGAAGGAUCCUAGUGAGUUUGGUGACAUAUACGAUGAAGAUCAUUUCAUAGCCACCCUUGAGGGCUAUGUGAAAGUGGUUAAAAAGCUGCCUGAGGUACUAAUGGAAAGCUAUGAUUACAACAUUACUGACGUUCCAACCUUCCAUGUCCAAGCUUGGGCUUCUGUCGGUUAUUACUUGGGAGAAGUUUAUCCUGUCUUGCAGAAGCAAGGGGUUAUUCGCAUAGCCCCCUUUGCUAAUAGAUUGGCAAUGAAUGUCCCACCUCAUAUUCAAUCUCUAAGAUGCCUGACUAACUAUGAAGCAUUGAGGUUCUCUUCUCCUAUUUCAAUUCUUGCCAAGAAACUGGUAAACAGAAUGAUCGAGAAGAGCUCAAGAACUGGUGGGAAGUAUGUCUCCAUCCACCUCCGUUUUGAGGAGGACAUGGUGGCAUUUUCUUGCUGCGUGUAUGAUGGAGGAGAGGCCGAAAAAGUUGAAAUGGAUUCAAUUCGUGAAAAGGGGUGGAGGGGGAAGUUUAAACGAAAGGAUCGUCUCAUCCAACCUGGUCUCAAUCGAAUCAAUGGAAAAUGCCCACUAUCUCCCUUGGAGGUUGGGAUGAUGCUACGUGGUAUGGGUUUCGGUAAUGACACUUCAAUUUAUCUGGCCUCAGGGAAAAUAUACCAGGCAGAAAGUCAUUUAGCUCCUCUGCUUACGAUGUUUCCCUAUCUUUAUACAAAGGAGUCUCUUGCAACCCCAGAUGAGCUCGCGCCUUUCAAGGGAUACUCUUCAAGAUUGGCAGCUUUGGAUUACACAGUAUGCCUGUUUAGUGAGGUUUUUGUGACAACUCAGGGUGGAAACUUCCCGCAUUUUCUGAUGGGUCACCGGAGAUUCCUGUAUGGUGGACAUGCUAAGACCAUUAUGCCUGAUAAACGAAAGCUCGUUGUUCUAAUGCAGGACAUGGGUCUCAGCUGGAAAGCUUUCAAGGAUGAGAUGGAAGAAGUGCUGAAUGAAAGUGACCGCAAGGGGGUGAUGGUACCCAGAGUGAAAAAAUUCAACAGAAAAACUUCCGUUUACACAUUCCCUUUACCGGAAUGCAGAUGUAUUCAGAAAUCGCAUAACGACCAAAUCAAUCCUAAUUCUACAUUCUUUAGUUACCACCCGAGAUCCAUGAGAUAACAAACCGACCUUUCUUUUUAGUAUAUUCUUGGGCUUUGGUUAUUUUCUUGUGUAGUUUUCCUAUAAGCUCAUUGCAGUUCCUUCAGGCGUGGUAAAGGGUUUUCCAAUACUUCCAUGUUGUUCGUUUGCCUUCUACAUGGAGAUACUGGGUCUCUCCAUGGCAUGCUUUAUACGUGGAGCUGGGGUUAAAGGUCUGGCGAUGACAGUUUUGAUGUAACGAGAGGAUCUGUAUAACGAGGAGACAUCGUCCUCGGCGUGAAGUGUCAAUAUGUACCAAUAACUCACUUAUGUUCAUCAUACAAUUUUACUUAAUUGGAUUUAGUGAAGAAAAAUAUCCAAUGAAUACGAGAUUUGCUUGUUA